AUGUCGUACCCGUCUCCGUUCACUCGCAAUGUGUACAUUGCCAGCCUGCCAAAUGACUAUUCCGAGAAGGAUCUAUUGGAUCUCUUCUCUCCCUUCGGCCGCGUCAUCACCUGCACGGUAAAGUACGACAAGAAGACUGGGCUUUGCAAGGGGUACGGUUUUGUCUUAUUCGAAAACGAACAGGACGCGUUGAACUCCGUGAUUGCGCUUCAGGGCCACUCCAUCCGGAACACACGCAUUCAAGUGCGGUUGGCUCGUCCGGAAGCCUCGGCGAAGAAGAUGUAUCCGGUGAUGAUACAGCAGCAGAUGAUGAGUGCUUGCAUGCCGUACCAGCCGGUGUACGUCAUGUACGUGCCAUCGCCUCUCUACAGCCAGCUGUCGUCAGUGCAGGGUUGA